AUUUUGUUUGACUCACCAUUUUGUUUGGCUCACCAUUUUGUUUGGCUCAGAAUGUUCUUGGUGUCUCCCACAGGGCCAACCGGUCAACGGACCUCAUGUGCGCUUCACUGCAAAGAUGACAACACAUUUUUUUACCAAACAGGAAGGAGUUAUGUGUAUGACUACUCCGUGACGACCUCCACCGCCCUGCUGGGGACCUUUGAUGACGACACUCACCUACACAUAACCGCCAAGGCGCAUAUUGAUGUCUCGGCACCCUGCGAGUACAUCCUCAGAGUGACGGACGUGACGCUGGAGGGGUCAUCCCACACGGAGGACUUCAGCGCUGCCGUCAGCAGGACGCCACUACGUUUCUCCUUCCAGGGAGGCGUGGUUGACAGCCUCUGCAGCGAGAUCUCAGAGCCCGCCUGGGUGCUCAACUUCAAGCGCGGUGUUCUCUCUGCCUUCCAAAGCUCCACCACUGCUCACGGAGCUCAGACGGUGCUGGAGAAGGACAUCUCCGGCGUAUGUCAGACCCACUACGACAGUGAGCUGGGGGACAAUAUUCUGACCAUCAAGAAGGAAAAGAACCUGGCUUCUUGCACUGGGAGACCCAGCCUCACCUCCUACAUCCCCUCCAGUGGAUACGCCGCUGACUCUCCCGUGCAGAGCCUGCCCAUCUUCAAGAGCACCAGCAAGUGCCAGCAGAGAAUAGAGGAUGGAGUGUUGGUGAUGGCAGAGUGUGAGGAGAGUCACAAGUUCCGGCCAUUCUCCAGUGAUGAAGGAGGAGCUGUUACUCUGGCUAAGACUACCAUGGUCCUCGUCUCUCAGAAUACUCCUGCUCGCCCUCUUGCUGAUUACCAGUUCUACAGCAAAACUUUGGUUUUCGAUCAGAUUUCUACUCAUAAUGCGGAAACUCAGAUUGAAACCGUUGAGAAGAUUUUGAGUGAUUUGGAAGUUGCAUCUCACAAUGAGGUCCUCCCUGAGGUUCCUGUUCUCUUCUCCACUCUCGUGGCCUCACUCAAGACUCUAGACUACCCAUCCCUCAACACUAUCUACGCCAACACCAAAGAAAUUCAUUCCAGGAAGUUCCUGGUUGAUGCCAUGCCACUGGUAGGGACAGCUGCUGCCGUGGGUGUAGUGAGAGAUAUGUUCAUCAAUGGAGACAUGACAAAUACUGAUGCAGAUGUGUGGUUCACCUCACUUGCCUUCUUCGAGAACCCGACCUCAGACAUGUUCACUGCUCUAGCUCCUCUUCUUCAGCACUACCCGAGUCAAGAUGCCAUGCUGGGAACCUCUGCUCUCAUCAACACCUACUGCAAACUCCAUUCUGACUGUGGUUCUGACUCUGGCGUUCAACAGAUUCUUCGGAACUUCGAAAGUUACCUUGGUUCUGGUUGUCGUACAGUUUCUGGAGAGAAUAAGAGAAAGGUACUGGUAGCAUUGAAAGCCUUGGGCAAUGCCGGUCGCUGGGUAAACGCCAGUCCUGUCUUGCAUCAGUGUUACACUGAAGAUAAUGAUAUGGAAAUCCGAGUAGCAGCAAUUGAAGCCUGGAGACAUACUCCUUGUGAAUAUGACCGCUCCAACCUUCUGCACGCCUUCCAAGAUGAGACUCAGGAUACUGAAAUCCGCAUUGCUGCUUACCUAGCCGUCAUGACCUGUCCAACACCUACUGUUGUCAACAUCAUCAAGGACCGACUUAUUUCAGAAGGUGUUAACCAAGUUGGAUCUUUCAUUUGGACUCACAUGGUUAACCUGCAAGAGUCAGCAGCUCAGGGUAAACAGUGGGUGCGUGAACUAAUCGGCGAAGACCUCCUCCAGAAGAAAUUCAGCACCGAAGCUCUCAAAUUCUCUCGCAAUUACGAAUCCUCUUUCUUCAUGAAUGAACUGAAUGCCGGAGCAGUUGCAGAAAGCAACGUGAUUUUUUCUAGCAAAUCUUACUUGCCACGGUCUGCUAUGCUUAACCUCACUCUUGAUCUCUUUGGAGAAUCCAUCAACCUCUUUGAAAUUGGUGGUCGAAUAGAGGGCUUUGAGGCUUACGUUGAACGCUUCUUCGGACCUUCUGGUUAUUUCCCCGAAGAGACCAUAGAGAGUAUAUUGAGAAACAUGAGACAGAAAAAGACUGACUCUGAUGCAACUACCUUGGAGGGAUUCUUUGACAAAAUUACUGAUGAGCCACAAGGAUCCUAUUACCUGCGUGUCUUUGGUAAUGAGUUAUACUAUAACCAUUUCCAUGGACUGGAAAACCUAAUGAAGUCAUCUGGAUUCUCUAACCCACUAGAUUUGUUGAUGGAACUUGCCCGUAAAGGUGAUGUUGAUUAUACAAAGUCGUACCAGCUAAUUGACACUCACUAUACCAUCCCCACUGUCACGGGCUUGCCAGUGGUUCUCACUGCCAAAGGCACAGCUACACUUGCCUUAAAGAUGAUUGGUAGUUUCAAGGCACAAAGCUUCAAGGAUAUUAACAUCGAAGGUCGCUUCCAUCCUUCUGCAGCAGUACAAAUGGAUGGUCAGAUGGUGGUUGAUGCCCAUGUUACUAGCACAGGACUGAAGAUCUCGUCCACCCUCCACACUUCCACCUUCCUCGAUGGUAAAGUUCAAAUUGAUGGAGGGAAGCUAGUUGAUAUUACUUUCAACACACCCAAAGAUAAGGUAGAAGUGAUUGAUGUUAGCACCAAAUUCUUCUACCUUGAAGAUGACCAAGAGAUAAGAAAGGAAGUAGAAAACGAAGAGAAAUCUGAAGGCUGCAUGAGGAUAAUCAGUGGUCUUGACAUGUGUGCCGAGGUGGGCUAUACCUCAACUUCUGACAUCAGUCCUCACUUCCCGCUCUCAGGACCAGCCUCCAUCCAUGCUUACUUGAAGAAGACUGACACCCAGACCGGCUACAACUUGCGCUUCACUAACGAAAAUAAUUACAUAUCUUUCCUCUUUGAUACCCCUGAGUCUCAAGUGAACCGCAAAGUGUCGCUUACCAUUGCCAAAUCUGCGCAAAACUUAAAAGUUGACCUUGAAACGCCUUUAAUAUCUCUGCAAGGAAACGGUGAGUAUACCUGGAGGAAGAACAACAAACACAUUAAACUCGACCUAAUGAUGGAUCACGCUGCCAGGUACACUGUAGAAACUGGUCUGCAAAUAAGUGGAAAAAAUAUAAGGAAAAUUGAACCUUCCCUCGUCAUCACUUCUCCACGAGGCGAAAUACUGAAUGUUAAAGGAACUCUCAAGGCCAGUGUAACCAAUACCAACUACACUGCUGACCUUUCAGUAUCUGGGCUCACUGUUCCUCCAGUCGUCCUCCAUGCUUCAUAUGAAGGUGAAGCCAGGUCUGCAAACGUAGAGGUAAUGCUGGAAACUCCCAUGUACGACUUCAACACCAAGGGUCAGCUCGCAUACGACGAUAACUUCGUGUCCUCUAAGGCUAACAUAGAGUACAGUGUCUUGAAGGGAGAGAAGCACACCAUCAGCUACUCCGCCUUGAUCAAGAAGGAGAUAUCAGAGGAGGUGAACACUUACACAACUAAAUUUGAACUGACUCCAUCUCAGUACAGAGACAUGGCUUUAGACAUUGACUUCAGCGUCAUCCUUUCCACUGGGCGAAUGGAACAAAUAGGCAAAAUAACCCGUGGAACUACUACGUGGACUAUCAAGGAAAUGUAUUCAUAUAACAACGAUGAUGGAAACUAUACACUGACUGCGCUCUCAGAGAUAAGCUGUCCUCUUCUCUCCAUCAACUACCACGCCUCACACGAACUCAGAUUCGGACGCAACUACCUAAACAUCAAGUCCCAGAUGCAGUUCCUGCCUAAAGAGAACUAUGUGUUUGCCGUUGACUUUAACAAAAAUAAUGAUUUUGACAUAGAAGCUCGCGUCAGUUCUCAAGCUGGUGAUACAAAGGCUUCCAUUGAAUUUCUCCUUAACGAAGUCGCUAAUGGUCAUUACAAAGCAAAGCUGACUAAAAGUGUGAUUACAUCAGAGGGGGAGAAGACCUCGAUACUAGAGGGAAGUCUUCAAAAUAACUCACAGCCCGGCAAGUUUAAUGUCCUCAUGGAUGGCUCUUUCAAAUCCCCGGAGAACACCGUGACCACUAAUUUAGGUAUAUAUGGGGAUAAAACUAAGGCCAGUGUUGACUUCAGUGCCGAUGUUAAUGGCAGGCCUGGGGAGUUUGCCCUGAAGUUCGAAGUCACACGCAGUUCCAUCCUGGUCGAUGCUAAUGUCUACAAGCAUAUUUUCAUUAAUGCCUAUGUGACCACAAUUGAAGAAAUACAGAAACUGCUUGUCAGUGUCGACUUGGACAAGAAUGGUGACCGUAACCAAUCCUUCGAGAUAAGUGGACAGCUCUCACCAUCCCAUGUUGAGGCUGCCUUCAGGUUCCAAGAAAGGAAAGCCUCCGCUUCUUUCAAGCUUGUUGACGAUGGAAUAGAGAUGGAAGCCAAGUGGUCACCUGAGCAGAAAGUAUCGGCCCACGUUCAUUACUCCCUGGGCGACGCCAUAUCUCUCGCUACUGCCGUGGAGACUACCUUCCAGGGAUGGGAGAAACAAGAUGUCACCUUUACCAUAACUCUCAAGGAUUAUGAGAUCACCAGCCGAGCCUCGGCCACCUGGAGGAACACUGAACUCAUGGUACUCACAGUCAACGGCAAGUUGCAGCCUGGUAUGUAUACUAAUGCGCUCAACGCCGAGAUUCUCUUCAGCAGCACUCUGGAAAGCUUCGACAAGAUCAGUUUCAUUCUGGACCAUAACAUGGGCUACGCCACUAUAAAAACCAACUUUGUGGGUCUCUGGAAUAAGAGUGAAAUGAAAGGCAGCUUCCAGCUAACUCCCAGUGACAGUGGUAUAGACGCCACAGCAAUCUUUACCUCUCCCUUAACUGAGGACGUGUAUGUUACUCUCCAUCACGAGCUACUUAACUCAGCUCUGUGGUCCAAACUGGAGGCAAAGUACGGCGCCGAGACCUGUACCAUCACCCUGAAGGGACAAGUGAACCUCGGAGAUAUACAAGACAUAACUCUCGUUAUGAGAAUGACCAGCACAUUGUCUACUUUGCCGCAGAUUAAUGCUAAUGUCAAAUAUACUUUAAGUGAAGGAAAUAUUAAUCUAGUUGUUGAAGGCAAAACUGGAGAGAAGAAGAUGAUGCUUAAUAUGAAUGGUGACAAAACAGUUACCGGGAGUUUAACAGCGAUCUCUGGAGACUUAAGGUUCAUCACUCCAUUUACUUCUCCACUAACUGCAACCUUGUCACACAGCCAUGAUGGACAACGCUUUACCUCCCAGUUUGAGAUUUCCAGAUUCUGGUCCAAUUUGGGCAGCCUGAAGAUGCAUGCAGAGGGUCACAUGAUCUCUGUAAGUGACAUGAAGCUGGAUGCUGUACUGAGCAGCCCAGAUACAAAGGCUUCACUUUCAUUUGCUCAUAAAGUUACAGACAACGAGAUGAUCUCUGCCAUAGAUGCCAUUGCCAACGGUGAACGUAUUACUGUGACAGUUAAUGGCAUUUUAGAUGCAGCGAAGAAGUUGCUCAACCUCGAAGGAGAAAUCUCGUCAACUUUCAAUGGUUUGGAUGAUAUAAAUGUGAAAAUUGAUAGUAAAAUGGAAGCAAACAUACGAACAUCAAAUAUAAGUCUCACCAAAGGAAGUCAGUCUCUGGACGUCUUGCAUACUAUUAGAUUCGUUGACUUGCUCAACUGGGAUAGUUCCUUUACCAUCAAUGGGAUGUAUAAAUUAAGUGACAGACAGUCUUACAGUGGCACCACUUACGCUCACGAACUGCGGUAUAUGUGGGGUGAAGAAGGUGUACAUUUCAUGGCUUCAGUUGAUCCCAGAAUUUCUGAAGACUCCCGUAAAAUCGACGCUCAAGUCAUCCUCGGCACUCCGUGGAAGAAUUAUGAGAAUAUUAAGGUCGACCUUCACUAUCAAGAUGACGGAGCAGAGUACAAACCAGCUAUUAGAAUUGAAUAUAAGCCAGGAAGCAUUAUUGAUAUUGCCACAGUGGCAAAGUUUGGCACCUCCUCUUUCUAUAGCGAGUCUUCAUUGACAACACCGUUCUGGCAACCGCUAGGAUACAAACUUAACCUGGACUUCCAGCCACAACUAGCCGCUACUCUUGAGCUUACUCGGGGAGCCAAUAAAACCAUCAUUAAUAUCAAUGGAACGUGGAAGCCAGGCAUGUUCGACGGUCAUGUAGACAUUGAGUCCACCUACUUCUCAGUUCCUCUAUCAGUUACAUCAUCUUAUGAUAUUAUCUCCCCUGAGAAGAAAGUGUCCUUACUUGUAAAUGCUGAUAGAAAAUAUGAGUUUACCGGGUCCCUGGCUGGUCACGUGAAAAAUGCAAAGUGGUCUCUAGCUGCUGAACUUCCAUUUGAGGCAGUCAGCUCUUUUGAAUUCAGUGGGGAGUAUCAGUAUAUGACUAUGCCCUUCAUUACGAACAUGGUGCUAAAGUUAAACUCAAACAUCUACGCACUCAGUAGCAAAGUUAAUACCAACGGAUUCACUAUCAACGUUGAGGCUAAUGAUCUAAAGGGAAGCCUUGAAAGCAUGUGGUUCUAUCAACACAACCGAGCCAAUAUGGAAAUUAAAUUCCAGUCUCCAUUGCCUACAGUGUCUAAUAUGGCUGCUUACAUCAUGUACGAUUUCGAAACCCAGAAGAAGGUUCACAUCAAAAUGACUCAUGGCACCCAGGAAAUCAAUUUCAUCGGGAAACUUGAGGGAGAAACACUGGUUUUCGAAGGUACGACUCCCUACAGAGGCUGGGAAACUCUCAACGCGUCAUUCUUCGUCUCCAAAUCUGCUAUCACGGCUAAUAUCUCAAGAAAUGACACAAAAAUUAAGGUCAGUGGCACCAUGGAAAUUAAACAUGGAAAAGGAAAGAUUGAAAUGACUAUCACUACUCCAUUCGCGAAUUUUGAGAACAUUUCUGUCAAAAUAACAUACAAUUUACAAGGUGGGACAAAAAUGGCGGAGUUCAGGGCUUUAUUCGGUACUAAAGAGCUCUAUCUUAAUGGCAUUAUCAAGCUUUCUAAUCCUCUAACCCCAGAAAUGAAAUUGGAUAUAAUCACUCCAUUUGAGGUUAUAAAAACUGUGGGUGGAGAAGCCCGCUGGAAUAUGAAGGACUCAGUAAAGACGAUUGAAGUAACAGCUAAUCAUAACGAUGCGCAGUACAAGUGGCAGCUGGAGGCAGCUGCUGAAGGAGUCACCAAGGGCUACGCUCUGGCCACAAUCUCUACUCCUGUGGUUGGCUGGAGAAGUGUCUCAGUGCGUGGCAGCUUUGACUUCACUACCAGGCCUUACAAGGUAGCCUUCACUAACGACAAGGAAGGCGUUGUUAGUACCAUUGAAGGGCAUCUUUUUAUAACACAAAAUGAAAUUACUGGAGAGAUCACAACACCCAUUUCCGGCUGGGAGAAGCUUGCACUGAAUGGAGUUUAUACCAUCAACAACAAUGGACUUACUGGAAAUAUCGAGUUUGAUAAGGGAUAUGAGAAAUAUGAAGCAAGUGGAAACAUUAUGUUCAACAGUCACACUCCCAAACUUAAAAUUAACAUCAAGACUCCAAUCGCUGAUGUUAACAACAUUGAACUAAGCUUGGACACUACUGUGAUUGGCGCGGAUAAAACAUUCCGAUUGGCAUUCAUAAAUAAUGAUAUUAUUUACUCCGCCGAGUUCACUGGUCAGUUUAUUUACAAAACUGGUUUCUUUAAGAUACUAAUUCGCUCGCCCAUCCCAGAGUACACUGACCUGGAGAUCUAUGCCAAGUAUGACUUUACAGGCGAUGUUAAGACUAUUGAGCUGAAUCUUAAGAAGGAGACUCAUAAGCAUCACUUUUUCAUAGCCCUAAAAAUGAAUAGAGACAACUUCGUGAUUGAUGUAGUUACUCCGUUCACAGGUUUUGAAGUUUUGAAGGUCAAUGGUCACUACACGAAUGAACGUGGUCAACACAGCUUUGUUGGUUCUUUUGUCAAAAAUGACAACACUUACAAUUUCCGUGCUUCUGCAGUCGUGGAUGUAAACAAAAUCAACCUGGCAUUGACAACUCCAAUUGCGGUUAUUAAUAACGUCGUAUUUAAUGCCAGCUGGGAUGCUUUCAACGAUGGCAUCAAAGGUUCAGUGCACUUCGAGAGGAAUGAGGAAGUUUUUGAGUUCAGUACUCAAGCCAGUUUUACUCCCAUGAAAUCCGCUUUAUAUGUCGGUAUUAAUACACCUGUGGAGGGAUGCAAUAAGCUCACCAUGGACAUCAGCUAUGACAUCAUCUCCGAUAACAAGUUUGCUGAGAUAUCCGUUCAGAAAGACAACUUUUCCAAGAUUUUCAGAAUUGACGCAAGUUAUAAUCUUGAAAGCGGUUCCCUCAAAAUAAAAACACCUUUUGAAGGAUUUGAAGUUCUCGGUGCUGAGUAUGCAUUAUUUGUGGAUCAUAAUAACAGAAAAAUGGAAGCCAGUGUCAAAAUUAAUCACAAUUCUCAAGAGUGGAUUUUCUCAGCCUAUGGACAGUAUGGCCCAGACAGUUUUAUAAUUAAAUUCCAAAUGCCUUUCGAAGACUUUAAUACAAUUGCUGCCGAAGGUAACAUCGAUAUUGUCACGAAGACUGGCAAAGGCAUCAUGAAAUUCGGUCUACACACAUUCUCCAUUAAUAUAUCUUAUGCUGUGGACAACAUGUUCUUUGAACUUGUAACACCAUUUACGGCCUUAAAGACUGUAUCUGUUUCAACUGCUUAUACAUGGACUUCAAGUCAAAAGAAAGCUAAAGUGGCUGUCGUCUACAAUGAGAACAAUUAUGUGCUCAAUGGCGGCCUAAGUGUGUCACCAGCAUCAAUGAGCAUCACUCUUCAAGCCACUACCCCCAUCAACAACUACCGCAAUAUGUCCCUUCAGAUUAAGUUUGAUGUUGGCAACAGAGAUAAGCUGAUGUCAGCUCACAUAACUGCCUGCCAGAACACCUAUUAUUUCGCAGUAAGCGGCUAUGUUGAGGAGAAAAUUGCUCAUUUCAAAUGCGAUCUUCUGUCUCCAUUCUCCGGAUGGACCAAUGUCAAAUUUGACGGUAAAGUCGAUUUCACUCGGGAGGAUAAGACACUAGAGAUUUCUCUUGAGAGAGAUGGUAAUGUGAAAGCUAUUGCUAUCUCUGGAAAACUAAUCGGAGGUACAAUGGACUUUAAACUUAAGACUCCCUUCACUGGUCUCAAUAACUUGAAUGUCUCUGGUUCUUUGAACCGUGCCAAGCGAUCUCUUGAGUUCAAUAUGAUGAAUGAUGCUGGUGAAGCCUCGCUGCUGACCAGCUUCAACUCUAUCAAUCUCCACCUCAAAACUCCAUUUGCACGAGCUGAGGAAAUAACUUGGGAAAUUAAGAAAGUUGAUGAGAAUUCGUAUAAAGCCGAAUGGAGAAGGAACAAUAACUACGUAACAGCGUCUGUAGUGAAAACGGGAGGACGCGGGGCUUUCAGUUUGGAGGUUAAGAGUGAAUUACAAGGAUGGGAGUUCUUAGCUUUGACCGGCAAGCUUGACCAGGAUGCUAUCGAGGGCUACGUCAGCGGUACUAUCAACGAAGAUAAGGUCACCAUAAGUAUACAAGGACAACAUGACGUAGAUAGUGACUUCACUAUCAAUGUGACCACACCUUACGAAAAUUACCAGAGCGUUCAAGGAAAAAUCAGUUAUAAUUUUAGGAAAAAAUAUAUUAAGAUUGAGGCGUCAUCUUCGAGCUCAGAUUUUCAUUUCAUUUUUAAAUACACGAGAAGGAAUGCUAUUGAGUCCCAUCUGUUGGUGCCAAACCCUGUACAAAACACUGAGCUCAAAGUGAAUCUUUCGCCUUUAUCAGGCAAACUUUCCUUCACCUCCCGAUUCCCUGCUCUUAGAAAUUAUGAUUCAGAGUACAAGAUUUUAAUUGGUGAUGUUGUUACAGUUACCCAUAAAGUAAAUGUUAAUAAUGUUGAUGUUUUCACUGUUGACUUUGAGGGUGAUAAAGCCAAUCAAAAAGCGCACUUUGAACUGCACAUACGGCUUCCUCACCGUCACUCGGUGAUUCAUGUUCACAGAGAAGGUUUCACCACUUUUAAUUUCGUUUUAAAACAAGAGAUUGAUUCUCAAAAUGGUAUAGAGGAAAAGGAAUUUAAAAUUGAAUUGUCAGGCUCCGGGAACCUACCUCAAGAAGGUACUAUUAACGCUGUCAUUACCAACUCCUUCAGAGAGGUACCAAGAACUAUCAAUGCAAAAAUCGAUGUAAAUCGAGCCUCACAACCUAAAACCUUGAGGAUAGAAAUUAAUCCCGUACCACACGGGCUUUACAUAUUUGAUAUCUCUUAUAACAUCAAUCUGCAAGACUGUUCGCACGGUGACUACGAUAUCAAGAUAACAACUCCUGACAGAUCAAACGCUCCGUGGAAGCACAUUUCAGGCAGCUGGGACACGCAAAAUCCCCAAGACGCUGUUAUCACCUUAAAUAUUGGUAAUGUAGCUUACAAAGCACAGGGGAAACUUGGUCUUCAAGAGUCUACCAUGAUUCUCACCUCUGACUUUACUGAAAAGAUUUUCCUUCAGUGGAAAUUUAAAAGGCAACAUAAUUUCAGGGAUUAUUUCUUGAAAUUGGGUCGAGAAUCAAGGUACGGAAUGCUGAAAUUAAAGGGAACUAUCACGGACAUUGCUCAUAUUGAUAUCGAAGGAGGCAUCAAGGCUGGACCCUUCCAGAGCGAAGAAUUUUUGUUUACGUCCAAGUGGAAUAAGGGAGAUGAUGGUGUUGUGACCGGCGAGGGUUCCUUUGAUUAUGGCGAAUACCAUGGUAGCCACACCAUAGAAGAGUUCCUUCGAGAUGCCGAGCAAAGAUCUGCCACAUUUAAAUGGACAGCAACUUCAAAUAUUCCUCAAUAUGAACAAAUUUCCGUAUCUGGCAACUACGACGUUUCUGGUAAACUUGUGUUUCAUGCAGAAAUAAAAGUCCAUGAUCGUGAGUCAAAAAUUGACAUUAACAUUUCUAACCUGAAUCCUAAGCGCUCGCGUAACACAGUAGAGUGGGAUGUGCCAAUUUUCGGAGAACUGGGAAAAGUUCAGUUAACACUCACUCAUAACUUCAGAGACGUAACCAGUAAGUCUUUGUCAGCUGUUGCCAAAAUUGGCCGAAGACAAGCCUAUGUAAAAGCUAACUGGAACAGAAGUGAAGAAUUUGAUACUUUUGAUGGAACUAUUGAAAUAAAAUCAAAAUUCCUUGGAGAUAUUAACAUAUUUAUUAAGUAUGAUGUUACCAAUAUUAGAGAUGCAAACGCUGAAGUCAAAUAUUCCAGAAAAACUCCAGGGCAAGAGGAUAAAUUUGUGAACAUUAACUGGCGCAGACAAGCCACCGAUAAUUCACUGAAAGGUGAAAUUGUAGUAGAGUCUUCACUGGAAUCCUUAUCUCACGCCCGGGUUUAUGUCACUGCUGAUACGGUAGAUGUCUUCCAUUUAAAAGGUGGCCUCGAGUGGAAUGACAAGGCAGUAACUGUACAGUUUGAUAUAAGUAAGAAUUCAGUCGUGGGAAAACUCACUACACCAUUCAAAAAGUUUGAAUCAAUUGAAGGAGAAUUAGUGUUCGAUCUGGAUAGUAAGAACAAAGUGGUGACGCUGAAAUAUGCACGCGGCUCUCGCACAGUUGACUUAAAUUUCACAUUUAGCAAAAAGUCUAAGAAGAAGGGAGACUUUGAGUUGAUUCUUACAACACCUUUUGAAGUGGUGAGGAACCUUAAUAUCAAAGGAAGCUGGACGAAGGCACAAGCCACGGUAAAUUAUCAAAGAAAUGAUAUUCAUUACAGUUUUGAAGGAGUCGCAGAUAUCCAGGGAGGCAAGUCGGACUUCGAAUUAUCCUUCUCAGGCCCAGGAAGAGAUCCGAUCAAGAUAGCUGCUUCGUAUAAUGUAGAAGACUUCCUUGCAGGAGGUGGAACCGAGCCUAAGAAGUUAGCCGGUUUUGAGCUGGAGUUUGAUGGCUACAGAAUAAACUUUAGUUUGCAAGGUUUCCGUAACAGUGAGAGGUUAUACAUUGAGAUUGAUGGAGAGUCUUUACUUGAAAACCUCUGGACUUUCCACCUCAAGUUGAACUCGGAAUUUAAUCUUGAAUCUCGUGAUGGUGUCUUCGAACUAAAAUUUAAUGACUUCGAACUGAAAGUUCAUAAUCACUUUGAGAGGCAUGAAAAUAAUGGCUACUACUUCAAAAGUUUAAUUGAGAGUACACUUACACCUCUGCCAGCAUUAGUGUUUGGCGUAGGAUACAAAAAUGAUGAGCGUAUUUUGACUAUAGGAUACGGUGCAGACAGAGAGAUUACUUUCUCUGUAAAGGGCAAGGAUAAUUUCAGAUCUGGAUUCAGUGGCUUUGCCGACAUCCCUAAUUAUGGAUAUGAAGGAGUUAAAUAUGACGUGGACUAUGGAUUUAAAAGUGAUGAUGAGCUCUUCAUUAAUGUUGAACUUGAACUAGGUGAAGAUGAUCAAGAAGUGGAAGCAGAAUUUACUUACAAUUCCGAGGGUGUGAAAGCACGUCUCACGUCUCCUUACACAGGUGAGCACAGUUUGCGGGUCCGCCGGUCUAUCUCCUCAGACAGUUUCUUCACAGAAAUUGGCCUCGAUGAUUACAACCUUAAACUGCGAGGUGGUUUUACGGGUGAAGAAACUAAGCGUGGAGCAAUACUAGAAGGAGACAUCUUUGGUAAUAGAUUCUUAAUAGACUUCCUCUUCCAAUGUGAGGGGCAGCAGUACUGUGAAGGAAAGCUUAUUAUUCACACACCAUUCCGUGGUAUGGAGAAAAUGGGAGGUUUGUUUACAUUGUCUAACGUCAGUAAAAAUAUCAUGGCCCAUGCUGAGGUUAUACUUCCCUCGCACAGAACGCCAAAAAUAACUGCAGAACUCAACUUAAACUUGAAUAAUAAAAUUGAUGGCUAUGUGACAGUUGAUGUAGCAGGUAAACCAUUCACGCUGAAGAGUAAUCUUGUUGGUUCUUCCCUCAGUGAAGGAUAUAAAGGAACUGUAGAGAUGUAUACACCCUUGUCAGGUCUCUCAAGUGUCGUUAUUAAUGGGAAAAUUAAAGUGGAAGCUAUGUCAGUCUUAGAGGCUGACCUUAGAAUUAUCGAGCCUUAUAAUACACAUGAACUGCGAAUUGAGUACCAGCUGUCCCCUGAAACACUGACAGCUGGUUUUGAUCUUCAUUCACGAUCCUAUGAUGGAAUUAAGUGGAACUUCAUCUUGAAUGGUUUGAGCUCAACACACAAAAAUAUAGAAAUGACACUGGGCAAUGAUAAGAUAAGUGUUGGAUACACCAUGGAUGAAUCAUCCUUCAAGGUCACCAUAGACUCUCUUAUCAGAAAUAUUCCACGACAGUUCUCUCUUGAAGCUAAAUACUCAUCUCUGGAAACCAUGGAAGCCACACUCAUUAUUGUAAAUGAGGAUCAAACUCACAGAAUUCAUGGUGAGUUCCGUGUGGUCAACAGCCAUGUUCAGGGAGGGCUGGAGCUGAUCUCUCCACUAAUUAAGGGAACAAGAAAACUUACCUUUGACAUUGCAGUCCCAGAUGCUUCUUUCAAGCAGAUUAACUUUGAUGUAACCCUUGUUACGUCUGACACUUACUCCUUGUAUUUUGAAAUUGAUGCAAGGACUGGCGUUCAAGUCACUGUUAAGAUAGACACUCCUUGCUCCUCCAAGGUGACAGCUUCAUUCGAAUUUCUUGCUGCCAGUGCUGGGCUUGUGAUUGAGACUCCAACGGGUAUCCAUAAGGCCAAGAUUACUUGGCGUGUUACCAGCAAGAUGCCUUCUGACUGGUUGGCUACUGUGGAACUCAUGUCUCCACUUCUUGAAGAUAACUAUAGUUUCAGUUGCAUGCUUAGUGACAACAAGGCAAAUAAAAUAAUUAAAGCAGAGCUGGCAGUAGGAAGUGUACGACAUUCUCUGGAAGCAAGUACCUCUAUGAGAAAUAAUGGAGCUAGUUUCUUCUUGUACAUUGAAACGCCUUUCAAAAACAUCAACAAAGCUACAUUGCAAGCUUCUUUGGACUUUGAGAAUAUUAUUCAAUUACAAGUAGCAGCCAACUUUUCUGAAAAUAUCAACACCUUCAAUUUUGAAUUUGACAGAGACAACCAGACCUUGAUGACAAUGGUGCAGUCUCCUUACAUCCCAACAGGUUUCGUCAGAGCAGAAGCUGCAGUCACUGGAGACAUGAAGAAAUACAUGCAGUUGAAAACUGCCCUAAAGAAUUCUGUGAAAACUAUUUCUGGUGUUCUUGAUGUGGAAAUUCCGUCUUCUCAGGAUAUUAAAAUGAACCUGAAGGUUGCUACUCCUUUCAAGGGGUAUAAGAAGAUGAACUUCGUUGGCCAGUACUUGAAGGAUGAAGUGACUACCAUCAUUAUAUCGCUAGAUAAGCCAGUGAGUUUCACUGUGAAUACUCAGUUCGCCAACACAGACACUGCCAUUAAAGGUAACCUUAAACUUAAAACUUCCGUUGAACACUUUGAAUUUAUUGAGGCUGAGUUAGAUGUUCCCCUUAACAAAUUUGCUCCCAAAGCCUUCCUGACGCUGCCCAACAAUAAGUACGGCGCUGAGGUAGACUUCCAGCAUAGUAUCUUAUCCAAGGUGUCCGCUAACCUUUACUUAGACGAGGCUACGUACGGAGGUAACCUAGCCCUGAGGACCAAGGCGCCUUAUGAACUAGCAUACAGCUACAACCUUGCCUGUAUAACCACUAAUAAGUUCCAUCUUAGAACAGAUUCUUCCUUUAUAUCUGUAUUUGUCUAAGAAAACUUUUAUAUUUCGUUGGUAAUGUUAUAUCAGUAGCCCAGCCUCUAGUCACAGAUAUUCAGACCAUCUCAAUAUUUACUUAUGUAUGAAACGCCAACCAUUUAUAAUUAAUGUAUUGUGCAUAUUAUAGAUAUUUUUGUGUGUUAAGUUUUAGCAAGGAACUUGUAAGCAGUGUUUACAUCUGACUUGAUUAUGAUUAUCAGAUAAUUAUGUACUGUAUAUAGACAACGGACUAUCAUUUAUGUAAUGCAUGUAUCAUUAUGUAAUGCAUGUAUCUGCAAUAAAAAAAACUUUCGUA